AUGGCACGUCCGAGUGCAAUAUACAGAACUUCAAGGGCAUCUACCGUUUCUAAAGCACGCUACAAAUUUCCAAUAUUAGAUGCUUCAGAGAUAAUCGAAGUAUUUGACGCGUUAGACUUCGGUAUAAGUGAAGAUACCUUGGUAAAGCCAACAUCAAGUUUUAUGAACAGCUUAAUUGAACAAAUCAUUGAUAAAUUCUUAUAUAUAUCACCAUUUACGCUUCACAAGCAAAUAGAAGAAACGCAUAUCAAUGAUUCUAUGGAAGAGGAAAGUUUGCACAAUGCUAUGAAUAUUGUUGCAGCCAAGCACGUCGUCUACAAAUUUAUGUGUGACUGUGGAGUCGACGAUUUCAGUAUUAAGGACAUUUUCAAGCCAGAGCCCGUCAGAGUGCGUAUCAUUUUAAGCGCAAUAAUUAAUUUUGCACGAUUUAGGGAAGAAAGGAUGAGUAAUUGUGAUGAGCUACUGGAAUCCAGUGAUGAUGUUAUUAUAAAAUAUAAAGAUGAACAUCGCAGUUAUGAGGACAUUCAAGAGCGUGUGGCAUCUUUGAGAAAUGAACAAAAUAUUAAUGGCUUGACUGCUGAAAGUGUCGAUCAAAGCAGCAGUGAGCUUGAAGCUAAGUUGAAGAAUCUCCAAAGAAGUCAGCAAAGGCUAGCAUCUGCACAUACAAAGUAUAAGUCCAGCAAGGCAAGUUUGGUUAAAGAGCUUGAAACCCAAGGUGCCUUAUACGAAGCCUCUGAAAAAGAGCUUGAAAAGAUUCAACCUUAUAUUAAAGAGUCGCCAGAAGGGAUACGAGAGCUUAUUUCAAAAAUGGAAGAUUCGCUAAAGGAAGAGCGGCUUAAAUUAAACGAGCUUGAGGGCAAAUCGAAAAAUGUUGCGAUUGCAUUAGAAUCUUUUCAAAUAUUGACCCAGGAAUUUCGGAGCUUGAAUAAGCUUUUAGAUGUUGCGCAGGUUGAAGUUAAUAAGCAUGAAGAUUCGAACAGUAAAUUGAAAGAACUAAAGGAUCGAAUGGAACAUAGUAAUGAUCUGAUCGCAGACUAUUCUGUUCGAAUAUCGCAAGCCAAACGACAGCUUCAGCACAGUGAUGACCGAAUCCAGAAGUUGACCAACUUCUAUGUUGAAAAAAUGAGGUCAUUGGAAAAAAAGGUUCACGACAACCAAGAAAGACUAGAUACAUUAAUAACUAAAAAGGCGAAUCAAGAGAUUGAUUCGGAUAAUAAGCGCGCGCAAAUUGAAAGUUGGAAAGGUAGAAUGGCAGAAUUAAGGCGUGGUUUUGAGUUUGAAUGCAAAGAGGCUAAUUUUGAAUUGAACAAACUUGAAUCACAUAUCAAACUUUAUAAGUCUGAAAUCGUGAAAAAGAUCAAAUCACAAAAGCAACUAAUGAAGUCAUUUCAUGAUGGCCAAGUUUAA